GCAGCGCAUUUUAGCACCAGUUACUCGAAGCAACCAGACACCACGCGUGCUCAUAACGUCCAUAUCCUUGGUAUUCUCUAUUUCUAACUCGAAAAAAAUUCUCCCCCUUUUUGGAACGCCAACAGCAAGAACUAUCACUGUAGUCUUCUUCUUUCUUCGGAUGUAUCGAGAUCUGCUUGGCAGAGGGAAUCAGGGGUAGAGAGUUAGGGUUUAGGGGUUCAAGGGAGAGCCACGUAAUGGCCGCCGUUUCACAGUCCCUACGCUUUCUUGGGGUUUCAUCCGGCGGUAGCUUCGAGGUGCUCAAUCGGAUCCUACAAGACCUUUGCACCCGUGGUAACCCCAAGGAGGGUGCUGCGUCGGCUUUAAGAAAACAUCUGGAGGAACAAGCACGUGAUCUCAGUGGAGAAGCUUUUUCUCGAUUUAUGGAUCAGUUGUACGAUCGUAUUUCUGUUCUCUUGGAAAGCAAUGAUGUUGCUGAGAAUUUGGGAGCUUUAAGAGCUAUUGAUGAGUUAAUAGAUGUGGCACUUGGUGAGAAUGCCUCCAAGGUCUCAAAGUUCUCUAAUUACAUGCGUACUGUAUUCGAGGUAAAGAGGGAUCCUGAAGUUUUGGGCCUUGCUAGUAGGGUUCUUGGCCAUCUAGCAAGGGCUGGUGGUGCCAUGACUGCUGAUGAAGUGGAGUUUCAGGUGAAAAUGGCACUGGACUGGCUUCAUGGGGAUAGAGCAGAAUAUCGACUUUUUGCAGCUGUCUUAAUAUUAAAAGAAAUGGCUGAAAAUGCUUCCACUGUAUUCAACGUUCAUGUGCCUGAAUUUGUUGAUGCUAUCUGGGUUGCAUUGAGGCAUCCAACAUUAGCUGUUCGAGAACGUGCUGUGGAGGCCUUGCGUGCUUGCCUUCGAGUAAUUGAAAAGCGUGAGACGCGCUGGCGUGUACAGUGGUAUUAUCGGAUGUUCGAGGCUACACAAGAUGGCUUGGGUAAAAAUGCUCCUGUCCACAGCAUACAUGGUUCUUUACUUGCAGUUGGAGAGCUGUUGAGGAAUACAGGUGAAUUUAUGAUGUCACGUUACAGAGAAGUUGCUGAAAUUGUUCUGAGAUACCUAGAGCACCGGGAUCGACUUGUUCGUCUGAGCAUAACUUCUUUGCUACCUCGCAUUGCUCAUUUUCUGCGCGAUCGUUUUGUUACAAACUAUCUAACGAUAUGCAUGAAUCACAUUCUUGCUGUUCUUCGGUUACCAGCUGAACGUGGAAGUGGGUUCAUUGCACUUGGGGAAAUGGCUGGUGCUUUAGAUGGCGAGCUUGUACACUAUUUGCCAACAAUAAUGUCUCACUUACGUGAUGCUAUUGCUCCACGGAGAGGUAGACCCUCACUUGAGGCUCUGGCUUGUGUUGGGAACAUAGCAAAAGCAAUGGGCCCUGCUAUGGAGCCUUAUGUUCGAGGUCUGUUGGAUGUUAUGUUCUCUGCUGGUCUUUCCCCAACACUUGUUGAUGCCCUUGAGCAAAUAACUGUCAGUAUCCCAUCAUUGCUGCCAACCAUUCAAGAUCGGCUGCUCGACUGCAUUUCGCUUGUUCUCUCAAAGUCCCACUAUUCACAGGCCAGGACAGCUGUUGGCAUGGUUCGAGGCAAUACAGUGAAUCCAGCACAACAAGUUUCUGACUUCAGUGGUCCAGCCUUAGUACAACUUGCUCUACAAACUCUUGCUCGUUUUAAUUUCAAGGGUCAUGAACUCCUUGAGUUCGCUAGAGAAUCAGUUGUUGUUUAUUUGGAUGAUGAGGAUGGAGGCACACGGAAAGAUGCUGCAUUGUGUUGCUGCAAAUUAGUUUCCAAUUCUUUUUCUGGCAUAGUGUGUACGCAGUUUGGUUCCAGUAGGUCCAACCGAACGGGGGGAAAGCGACGACGCCUUGUUGAAGAGCUUGUGGGGAAGCUUCUCACAGCAGCUGUUGCAGAUGCUGAUGUUACUGUUCGUCACUCUAUCUUUUCCUCGAUGCAUAGAGAUAGAGGUUUCGAUGAGUUUUUGGCCCAGGCUGAUUGUCUCAGUGCAGUUUUUGCUGCUUUAAAUGACGAGGAUUUUGAGGUUCGAGAAUAUGCCAUCUCCUUGGCUGGAAGAUUAUCUGAAAAGAAUCCAGCAUAUGUUCUUCCAGCACUUCGUAGACAUCUCAUACAGCUGUUGACAUAUUUAGAACAAAGUGCAGAUAACAAAUGCAAGGAGGAAAGUGCAAAGUUAUUGGGUUGUUUGAUUCGUAACUGUGAACGGCUAAUUCUUCCAUACAUUGCUCCAGUGCAUAAGGCUCUUGUGGCAAGACUUCUUGAGGGCACUGGGGUCAAUGCCAUUCAUGGCAUAAUUAGUGGAGUACUAGUGACUGUUGGUGAUCUCGCCAGAGUGGGUGGUUUUGCAAUGAGACAGUACAUUUCUGAGCUUAUGCCUUUAAUUGUUGAUGCUUUACGGGAUGGAGCAGCAGUUGCAAAACGUGAAGUGGCUGUUUCAACUCUUGGUCAAGUGGUACAGAGCACUGGGUACGUCAUAACUCCUUACAAUGAGCACCCUUCAUUACUUGGCUUGCUUUUGAAAUUGUUGAAUGGUGAGUUGGUGUGGUCUACCAGACGUGAAGUACUAAAGGUUCUUGGUAUUAUGGGGGCUCUAGAUCCUCAUGCUCAUAAAAGGAAUCAGCAAAGUUUACCUGGGUCACAUGGGGAUGUUGGCCGUGCAGCCAGCGAUUCAGGUCAACACAUUCCAUCCACGGAUGAACUCCCUAUGGAACUGUGGCCGUCUUUUGCUACAUCUGAGGAUUAUUUCUCAACGGUUGCUAUCAACUCUCUCAUGAGAAUACUUACAGAUCCUUCACUGGCUAGUUAUCACCAAAAGGUGGUUGGAUCUCUUAUGUUCAUUUUUAAGUCAAUGGGUCUUGGUUGCGUUCCAUACUUACCAAAGGUUUUGCCCGAACUUUUUCACACAGUUCGGACCUGUGAUGAUCAUCUAAAGGAUUUUAUAACGUGGAAACUUGGGACCCUGGUUUCUAUUGUGCGUCAGCACAUUCGUAAAUAUUUGCCUGAGUUGCUGUCGUUAAUUUCCGAAUUAUGGUCAUCCUUCAGUUUUCCAGCUGCCAAUCGCCCUUCUCGUGGCUUCCCAGUUUUGCAUCUAGUGGAGCAGCUUUGCUUGGCUUUGAAUGAUGAAUUCAGAACCUAUCUGCCUGAUAUUCUUCCAUGUUGUAUACAAGUUCUAAGUGAUGCAGAGAGGCGUAAUGACUACACCUAUGUUUUGGAUAUUCUCCAUACUCUUGAAGUGUUUGGUGGGACCCUGGAUGAACAUAUGCACCUACUUCUUCCUGCACUUAUUCGAUUGUUUAAGGUGGAUGCUUCAGUGGAUAUAAGACGUGCUGCUAUUAGAACUCUGACAAGAUUGAUCCCACGAGUGCAGGUUACUGGUCACAUUUCUUCUCUUGUUCACCAUUUGAAGAUUGUCUUGGAUGGGAAAAAUGAUGAGCUGAGGAAAGACGCUGUUGAUGCGCUUUGCUGUCUUGCUCAUGCCCUUGGAGAGGACUUCACAAUUUUCAUCCCAUCCAUACACAAGCUUUUGCUGAAACAUCGAUUACGGCAUAAAGAAUUCGAGGAAAUUGAAGGACGUCUGUGCAGACGCGAACCACUAAUCUUGGGAAGCACGGCUGCUCAAAGGUUAAGUCGGCGUCAUCCUGUGGAGGUUAUUAGUGACCCUCUGAAUGAUAUGGACAAUGAUCCAUACGAAGAUGGGACUGAUGUGCAAAGACAACUUAGAGGGCAUCAGGUCAAUGAUGGUCGACUGCGUACUGCUGGAGAGGCUUCUCAACGCAGUACGAAGGAGGAUUGGGCAGAAUGGAUGCGGCAUUUUAGCAUUGAACUUCUGAGGGAAUCACCAUCUCCUGCAUUGCGAACUUGUGCAAGACUUGCACAGUUACAGCCUUUUGUUGGCCGGGAAUUGUUUGCUGCAGGCUUUGUUAGCUGUUGGGCACAACUGAAUGAGGCCAGUCAGAGACAGCUGGUACGGAGUUUAGAGAUGGCAUUUUCAUCUCCAAAUAUUCCUCCAGAAAUUCUGGCUACACUUCUUAACUUGGCAGAGUUCAUGGAACAUGAUGAGAAAACUCUUCCUAUCGACAUCCGUCUCCUUGGUGCUCUUGCUGAAAAGUGUCGUGCAUUUGCAAAGGCACUUCAUUACAAAGAAAUGGAAUUUGAAGGUGCAUGUUCGAGGAGGAUGGACGCUCAUCCUGUUGCUGUAGUUGAAGCUCUUAUUCAUAUAAAUAAUCAGUUACAACAGCAUGAGGCUGCAGUUGGAAUAUUGACCCAUGCACAGCAGCACCUUGAUGUUCAAUUGAAGGAAUCAUGGUAUGAAAAAUUGCAGAGGUGGGAUGAUGCCCUCAAAGCAUACACUAACAAAACCUCGCAAACAUCAAGUCCUCAUCUUGUUUUGGAAGCUAGAUUAGGGAGAAUGCGAUGCCUCGCCGCUCUUGCUCGAUGGGAAGAACUUAACAACCUGUGCAAGGAAUAUUGGACACCUGCAGAGCCAGCUGCUCGACUGGAAAUGGCACCAAUGGCUGCCAGUGCUGCUUGGAACAUGGGGGAAUGGGAUCAAAUGGCAGAGUAUGUAUCUCGAUUGGACGAUGGUGACGAAACUAAACUUCGGGGUUUGGGCAAUACUACUGGUAGUGGAGAUGGAAGUAGUAAUGGUACAUUUUUCAGGGCUGUGCUAUUAGUCCGUAAAGGAAAGUAUGAUGAAGCACGGGAGUACGUUGAGAGAGCUAGGAAGUGCCUGGCCACAGAACUUGCUGCCCUGGUUCUGGAGAGCUAUGAACGAGCUUACAACAAUAUGGUCCGUGUUCAGCAGCUGUCAGAACUAGAGGAGGUUAUUGAUUACUGUACUCUUCCCAUCGGAAAUGCUGUUGCUGAAGGAAGGCGUGCCCUAAUUCGUAAUAUGUGGACAGAGCGGAUAAAAGGAGCAAAACGUAAUGUUGAGGUCUGGCAAGCGCUUUUGACCAUUAGGGCACUUGUGCUUCCUCCUAUAGAAGACAUUGAAACGUGGCUCAAGUUUGCAUCUCUUUGUCGGAAAAGCAAUAGGAUUAGCCAGGCUAGAUCGACAUUGGUCAAGCUCUUACAGUAUGACCCAGACACCUCUCCUGAAAAUGUACGGUACCAUGGGCCUCCCCAAGUAAUGUUUGCAUACUUGAAGUACCAAUGGUCGCUAGGAGAAGAUCUUAAGCGAAAAGAAGCAUUUUCUAGACUUCAGAAUCUAGCAAGAGAGAUUUCGAGUGUCCCUAAUAUUCAGUCGCUUACUCCCACCGGUUCAAUGGGCGGUUCGAGUUCAAAUGCUCCCCUUCUUGCCCGUGUUUAUCUUGAACUUGGGUCAUGGCAGUGGGCACUUUCACCUGGACUGGAUGAUGACUCUAUUCAAGAAAUCCUUGCUGCAUUUAGAAAUGCUACGCAGUGUGCAACAAAGUGGGCAAAAGCUUGGCAUACAUGGGCACUGUUUAAUACAGCAGUUAUGUCUCAUUACACUUUAAGAGGGUUUCCUGCUGUUGCACCGCAGUUUGUUGUUGCAGCUGUCACUGGAUAUUUUCAUUCAAUAGCAUGUGCAGCUAAUGCUAAAGGUGUUGAUGAUAGUUUACAGGACAUACUUCGUCUUCUCACAUUGUGGUUCAACCAUGGGGAUACCAUCGAAGUUCAAAUGGCUCUACAAAAGGGGUUUGCACAUGUUAAUAUCAACACAUGGCUGGUUGUUUUACCUCAAAUAAUUGCUAGGAUACAUUCAAAUAACCAUGCUGUGAGGGAAUUGAUACAAUCACUGCUAGUACGAAUUGGACAAAGUCACCCUCAGGCUCUUAUGUAUCCCCUUCUUGUGGCGUGUAAAUCAGUAAGUAAUCUACGCAGAGCUGCUGCUCAAGAAGUCGUUGACAAAGUUCGGCAGCGUAGUGGAGUACUGGUGGAUCAGGCACUUCUUGUGUCAGAGCAGCUCAUCAGGAUGGCUAUCCUUUGGCAUGAAAUGUGGCAUGAGGGAUUGGAAGAAGCUAGUCGAUUGUACUUUGGUGAACAUAACAUUGAAGGAAUGCUGAAGGUGUUGGAGCCUUUGCAUGAAAUGCUUGAGGAAGGUGCUAUGAGGGAAAAUAUCAGUACAAAAGAGAGAGCAUUUGUCGAGGCAUACCGCGAUGAGUUGUCAGAGGCGUAUGAAUGUUGCAUGAACUAUAAGAGAACUCUCAACGAGGCUGAGCUUACUCAGGCAUGGGAUCUCUAUUAUCAUGUUUUCAGACGGAUUGACAAGCAACUUCAAAGCCUUACUACCCUGGACCUGCAGUCUGUUUCACCAGAGUUGUUGGAAUGCCGUAAUUUGGAGCUUGCUGUCCCAGGAACGUAUCGUGCUGAUUUACAAGUGGUGACCAUUGCAUCAUUCGCACCCCAGCUUGUUGUCAUUACAUCGAAACAGAGACCCCGGAAAUUGACAAUUAUUGGUAGUGAUGGUGAAGACUAUGCAUUCCUGUUGAAGGGACAUGAAGAUCUACGUCAAGAUGAACGUGUCAUGCAGCUUUUUGGCUUAGUGAAUACUUUGCUCGAAAAUUCUAGAAAAACUUCUGAGAAGGAUCUUUCCAUCCAACGAUACGAUGUCAUUCCAUUAUCUCCAAAUAGUGGUUUAAUUGGAUGGGUCCCAAAUUGUGACACUUUACACCAUCUCAUUCGAGAGUAUAGGGAUGCUAGAAAGAUCACCCUGAAUCAGGAGCACAAGUACAUGCUCAGUUUUGCUCCGGAUUAUGACCAUUUGCCGCUCAUUGCUAAAGUAGAAGUAUUUCAGUAUGCUCUUCUAAAUACUGAAGGAAAUGACCUGGCCAGGGUUCUCUGGUUGAAGAGCCGCACUUCUGAGAUAUGGCUAGAGAGGAGGACAAAUUAUACUCGAAGUUUAGCAGUUAUGAGCAUGGUGGGUUACCUUCUUGGCUUAGGUGACCGGCACCCAAGCAAUCUUAUGCUACAUCGCUACAGUGGCAAAAUCUUGCACAUCGAUUUUGGCGACUGCUUUGAAGCUUCAAUGAAUCGAGAGAAGUUCCCUGAGAAGGUUCCCUUCCGCUUGACUAGAAUGCUUGUGAAAGCUAUGGAGGUUAGUGGUAUCGAGGGAAACUUCCGAUUUACCUGCGAAAAUGUGAUGCAAGUCCUUAGGACACAUAAGGAUAGUGUCAUGGCCAUGAUGGAGGCCUUCGUUCACGAUCCUCUCAUCAAUUGGCGCCUUUUCAACUUCAAUGAAGUUCCUCAAAUGUCAUUCUUUGCAAGUAGUCAUGCUCCUGCUGCUGUAAAUAACGAGGAAACUACUCCAAAUAGAGAGCUUGUUCAACCUCAACGUGGAGCUCGUGAGAGGGAACUUCUUCAGGCUGUUAACCAACUUGGUGAUGCGAAUGAGGUUUUAAAUGAACGUGCUGUGCUUGUCAUGGCUCGGAUGAGCAAUAAGCUUACUGGGAGGGAUUUUUCAUCGUGUUCUUCAGUAUCCCCAAGCUCUAUGCAACAUGCUGUAGAUCACAGCACCUUGAUUUCUGGAGAUACUCGUGAAGUUGAGCAUGGGUUAUCUGUCAAGCUGCAAGUUCAGAAGUUAAUUAACCAAGCCUCAUCACAUGAGAAUUUGUGCCAAAAUUAUGUCGGGUGGUGUCCUUUCUGGUGAUCUGAAGAUCGUAUACUUCAUAUAUUUUGUACAUAUUGUGUAUGGUAAGAUAUUAGAAGCAUCCAUAUUUGCCCCUAUCUUUGUCACUGUAAUCUAUGUAAAUAGAUGCUCUUUCAAUUAAUAAAAAUUGUAAUAUUUUUCUGUUACA